GCUGAGGAUCGGGGAACACAAAAGGCAGGGAUGUAUCUCCUUGUGCUCUGUUUUGGGCGCUGGAAGCAGGAGCUCUGAGGGGAUUUCAGGGCACAUCCAAGGAACCCUUUUUCCUCGCAGCAUCAAGGCGCAACUACACCGAACCCCAGGGCUGGGUCUGCUUGGAUCUCAGCUGCAAUCCAGGCUCUCUCCCAGAUCCCACCUCUUGUCUAAUUCUGCACGGAUGCAGGCCUCCCAGCCUGGAGGAGCCUGCAGCUCCGGAUUAGCACUGACUCUGGUGAUUGUCCUGGUUCUGCUGGAUCCUGUUCACUCCCAGAAAUGUGCUGGAACCCCCCCCAUCAUCCUCCAGUUUGUGGAGGUAGGUGCCGACCUCCAGGUCCCUGCUUUGCACCGCGUCCCAAGCAAUCUGGAUCCCCUCUACAGUGUGGUCCGGCACUACCUGGAUGUGGUCCAGCAGAACCCCUUCCCCACAGAGCUGCUCAGACGAGCCCUGAAUGACCCAGACUCGGUCAGAACAUCUCAGGUCAUGCGCUAUGAGAUGGGCUACAUCAUCUGUGCUGUGAUCGCUGUGCUCUUCUUCUUCGCCAUGCCGGUGAUCGGGCUGUGCUUCUGCUACUGGCGGAGGCGCCAGCACUGCGGGGGCCGAAUCAAGGCCUAUCGCCACUCUCUCAUCUGCCAGCGCAACUUCCUCAUGCUCGGCCUCCUCCUCACCUCCAUCAUCAUUCUGACGAGCGUGACCUGUGCUUUCAUCACCAACCAGAGGGUGAAGGAGCAGAUGGAGCCCGGCAUCCAGGUUGUGCCAUUCACUCUGCGGAUGCUGAGGCAACACAUUGAUGAUAUCCCCAAGGGGAUGAAUUCGGUGGUGGAGCAAUUUGCAGUCCCCAAAGACCAAAUAAUUGGUGACUUGAACACUGUUGGCUGGAACAUCGGCCUCACCAUCCAUUCACAGCUGAAGGACCAGGUGUACUCCACGCUGGAAGCCUUGAAGGGCAGGGCAGAAGACCUACAGAACUCGCUGCACCAUUUACAGAUUCUCAAUAAGACCAUCUGGACACUGACCCUGUACCAAGGCAUGCUGGCACCCAGGCUGAGAGACCACAAGAAGAGCCUCGUCUCCCUUCUGGAUGAUCCCCGCUGCACGUCCUGUGGCAGUUUGCUGGAGACAGCCAAGCACUUGGAGCUGGGAGCUAAUUAUAGCAAGGUUCCUUCAGGGGAACAUGUUUUGAAGACCCUGCAUGGUCUCCCCAAAGGCAACUUCCCAGACAUGAUUUACCAGGCCAACACCACCUUCAACAUGAUCCCAGAUGUUGCUGUUGAAAAGAUGGCAAUGGUUGUGCACGACCUACAGUAUGAGGUAGUCAGAGUUGUGGAGGAGGUCCAGGCCUUGGCAGACAACUUCUCAAUCUCAAACCAUACACAGCUUGUGGCCAAUGCCCUUGCAAGGAUGGAGAAUGGCAGUCGGCCUUACCUUAAGGAGAUCAAACAUUAUGAGAAGUACAGGUGGAUUGGAGGCAUUGCUCUGUGCUCUGUAGUCCUUAUAGUCGUCAUCUGUAACUUCUUGGGGCUGGCCCUCGGAGCCUACGGGCUGGCUGUGCGGGAUGAUCCAAGUGACUAUGAAAGCAAGGGAGAAGCCGGGGCCACGGUCCUGAUGGUUGGCGUCAGCUUAAGCUUCUUCUUCUCCUGGCUGCUGAUUCUCUUGGUUUUUGCCACCUUCUUCAUUGGGGGAAAUGUCCAGACACUGGUGUGUAAGAACUGGGCUAAUCAGGAGAUUUACAAGUUUAUGGACACACCUGGGAACCUGCCUCCAUCCAUGAACAUCACCCAGCAGCUGGGCUUGAAUAGGAGACUAAACUUGACCUUCACUUACCAGGAGUGUAAGAAGGGUAUGGGCCUCUGGGAAAUCCUGGAGCAUAAUGACACCUACAAUCUUGAUGAUCACCUAAGACUUGCCAAGUACACCACAGAGUUUGAGAAACUUCUCAGCAAUUUCAGCACCCACUUUGGAGAAAUCCACAUCCUAAACAGUGUCGGGAGACGGGACCUAGAGACCUUUGCCCGGAGUGGGAUCGACCGCAUCAACUACCCUGCAUUCUGGGCAGAGAUGCAGAACCCUAUAGUGAAGACAAGCCUGGAAGGCCUAGCUGUCAGUCUGGAGGGCCUCCAAAAGCUUCAGAAAAACAGCACGGUAGCAGGACAGCUGGCAGAUGAAUCCCAGGCCCUGUGGCAAAUUCAGAACUCUUCUGUGCGCACCCAGGAGGCCCUUGUGGUGCAGCUGAAUGAGAGCGUCCAGUUCUUAUCUGAGAUUGCAGCACACCUACAGGAACGCAUGAGAUGGACAAUGGCUGAGAUUGCCUCUGUGGAGACUACCUUGCCUAGACAAGCUCACAGGAUCCUGAAACAGGAGAUCAGCUGCUUCACGAAAAAAGAGGUGGGGUAUUUCACCCAAUACCUGCAGUGGGUGAGGCGCACGCUUACUAAGGAGGUGGCUUCCUGUCAGCCCUUUUCCACUGCUAUGGAUAACGGCCGGGUGAUCCUGUGCGACCGCAUUGCAGACCCCUGGAAUGCCUUCUGGUUCAGCUUGGGUGCCUGCACCUUCUUCCUCAUCCCCAGCAUCCUCUUCGCCAUCAAGCUCACCAAGUACUUCCGCCCCAUCCGGAACCGGCUCAUCUCUACUGGCUCGGAGGAGACCUGUCCCUUCCACAUCCCCCGCGUGACAUCUCUUAAGAUGUAGGAAGGGUCUUCAUUGUCACCAGAUCUCACAGGAAAAAUGCCUGGAUUACUUCCAGGGCCAGAGUCGUUCCUGAUCCAUGCUGCCUGGCCUUCCCCAUGCUGCUCCUCAGCUCCUGGAGGGAGACACCUGCAAGGACUCAUUCCCCUCUCCCAACCCCUAAGUCUCUUCUCUCCAGCAUCUCUUAGGGGUGGUGGUGAAUUUGAACAGCAUGGCAAGACUAUAGAGGAAAUUCCUCCUCUUCAGCAGCUCCAACUUGGCAGGGAAGGGCCUCCUCUUGGUUCUUCAGGCUUCUGGCAUCCCAAAAGGGAAAACACUCCGAGGCCUCCUGCAUCCUAGUGUGGUUUUGGCACCCUCCCAGCUUCAAGCUUCUGAAUGGUUUCAGGAAUCUGUAUCUUAGGCUCUAAUGAAGACCCACAGCUCUGCCCCAUCUCCAUCUCUUGGAGAUGGGACUACAGCACCUGGGACUACAGCACCAGGUCUGCUCCUCCUGGUCCCUCUAUCUGCAGCUGCCCUUCCCUCCUACAAGCGGCACUGGCAGGCCACCCCAGGAGUAUCCCAUUGGAAGCCAGUAGGAUGCUUCUGCCUUCCUUGCUGUGUUUAGGCAAACCCCAAUGCAGCACUGUCAAAAACUGUCCUGGUGUAUUUUCCUCCUUGCCAUAGAGUCCUGGAUCUAGGACUGGGGGCUGAGGGCAUGGGGCAGGAGAGCUCUGAGGCCGUUAAAGUGCUUCUCCUUUCCAA